AUGGUUCUUAAAGGUGUUGAAGUUUCUCAGUUCUCACACCUUCAAAUUCCUAACGUUGCAUUAGAUGAUCCUGUUGUUUUUCUUAGUGUUGGAAGAAUUCCAGAUGCUAUGCUUCAACUGGUGUCUGGUUUGAACCAAUUAUUGAUUCAAUACAAAGCUGCUUUGCAUCUUACUUUUUCAGUUCCUAUACCCAAGAAAGUGACAUUUAAAGUGAUAGAGGGUAUAACCAAAGAUUCUCCUAUUGUUAAGAGGAAAGUUUCAUCCAAGUCCAAGAUCAUUAAUGAUAUUGGUGUUUCCAACUCAAGGGUUAAGGAAAACAAUAAAUCAAAAUUGAAGUCUCAAGGUGUUGUCAUCAAAGAAGUUAAUCCUGAUGAGGUUCAACAGAACAAGAAACGUAAGGCUACAAGUGUGUUGAUAAAGUUUAAGAAGCUAAGAGCUCAAACAGCCGAAGAUCUUUCCACCACAACAAACCCUAUUGAAGGAGAUAAGGAUAGAGAAGAACCAGAUGAAGAGGUCAUUGAAACUGAUGAUCUUAUAUUUAAUGCUUCACCACGAAAGGAUGCAAAUCAAAUACCGAGGAGACAAGCAACCCGGAUGUGA